AUGGGCGAUCACGAAAGUACCCAGAUCAAACAUAGCGAGCAUCUGUUGCUUGACCAACCUUUGCUUCGCCUCCCUUCCGAACUCCUUCGAAAGAACUUCCGCACGGCCCAUUUCACAAUCGAGAAAGACACAACCGCCCUAAAGACAUUGCUCAAAGAUUCAGCCACCGCUGCCGUCUCCGGCCGCUCGUCACAGCAAGAUGUCCUUCGUAACAUCGACGCAAUGGUGUCCCGCAUGCGAGGUUUGAAGCGCAAACUCAAUGCGAGCGCCGCCGAGGAGGCUCGUCUGCAUGCACAAACAGCUGCCCGCAUCUCACAUCUCGACGAACUAUACAAGAUGGACACAGUGGAGGACGUUAAAUACGAAACUUGGAGUAGGAAGAGGCUCGAUCGCCUUUUGGCAGACUACCUACUUCGCCAUGGUUACAAUGAUACUGCAAAGGAGCUGGCCGAGCAGCGUGGUAUUACCGAUCUCGUUGAUAUCGACACCUUCGUUGCUGCAAGUCAUAUCAGAGAUUCGCUUCUGAAGCAGAGCGUGGUUGAAGCUCUGGCUUGGUGCAACGAUAAUAAGAAAGAGUUACGGAAGAUGGAGAGUAAGCUCGAGUUCAUGCUUCGAUUCCAGCAAUAUAUCGAGCUGGUCCGCUCGCAAUCCUCGGCCAAACUAACUGAAGCCAUUGCUCACGCAAAGAAACAUCUCAUUCCUUAUCGGGCCACAUUCCCCCGAGAAGUUCAGCAGGUCUGUGGUCUGCUUGCCUUUCCUCCUGGUGGUGCAUCCGCCGCCGCACCCUAUGGAGAUUUGUAUAAGCCCUCCCGCUGGACUGACCUUGCCGACCUCUUCACAACAACCCACAAUCAACUCCUUGCCCUUCCUGCAGUCCCACUCCUUCACGUCGCACUUUCUUCUGGUCUAUCAGCUCUCAAAACACCUGCAUGCCACACGGAUCCAAUGCACUCAUCAGAUAGCCCAUCUGCCCAAAGCACAUCCGAUAUCGCAGCAGCAGCAGCUUCGACUCUCGGCCAUGGCGUUUGUCCCAUUUGCUCCACUGAACUCAAUGAGCUUGCCCGGAACGUGCCAUAUGCUCACCAUACUCAGAGUCAUGUAGAGCACGAUCUCAGGCUACUGCCUAAUGGUAGCGUCUAUGGAAGGGACCGCCUCGAAAUACAGGCGAGGAAGAAUAAUUUGCCUUCUGAUCAGGUUAAGGACCUCCGAACAGGCGAUAUCUUCCCAGUUGAGUCACUGAAGAAGGUUUAUAUCACUUAA